AUGAUUCCUCAAAGUGUUAUUAAUUUUAAAAUUGAAUGUUGUUUUUUUGUUAAAAUUGAAGAUGAAUCAUUAAACAAACUUUUAAAUUUAACUAAACUUUCAUUUAUAAAUGCUCCAGUAAUACCAUUAUUAACUAUCAACACAUUGCCACCAAAUUUAGAAAUAUUGGAACUUACACUUGGUAAACAUAAAGUUUUAAUAAUUGUUUUCCAAAAAGUUUAA